AUGUGGUUCAUGGAGGAGACUCUUGAUGCCCUUGAUGAGGAUCCAACUGACUCAUUAGAGCAGGAGGACAUUCCUUCAGCUCCAGUAGAUCCAUGGGCGGAGUAUGACCCUCUUGAUGACCCAGACCUUGACUUCAGCUAUCUUGAGGAAGCUCUCAAUGAAUUCCACUUUAUCCCGGAAAUUCAGCCCAUCGGCGCUCAGGGCCCCGGCCCUCAGACUGCAGCCAACAGAGCCAAGGCUGCAAGAUUUGUCCUUGAUGACCUGGAUGACAAACGGGUCACUGAUAUUGACCUCUUAGCUGGCAGAAUUGUUCGAAAGGCUCAACCCUCAAGCCAACAAGCAGAUAAAGACGGCGACAUUCAGAUGUCUGACCCUUCAAAUGCGCCAGACCCGCAAUUUCUACCUUUUACCUCAGAGCUUGAUUGGAGGAUUGCGCAGUGGGCUGUUCGGGACGGCCCAGGCAACAAUGCCUUCGACAGGUUGCUAGCUAUUCCCAGGGUUGUCGACAAGCUAGGACUUUCAUAUCGCAACAUCCGCGCACUACAUAAGAAACUAGAUUCUAUGCCUGAUAAGGCUGGCGAGUGGCAAACCAAGCAUCUACGAUUUAAGGAUAGGCCUGACGAAACCUUUACCAUCCGUCAUCGAGAUCCUGUAGAAGCAAUCAAGAGCCUUUGGAAGGACCCAGAGCUGUCGCCAGAAAUGAUCUUUCAACCAUGCAAGACAUAUACCGACGACACUCGAGAGGAUCAAAUAUUUUCUGAAAUGUGGACUGGCCGUUGGUGGAAUGCGGUGCAGAGCAAGCUACCUGAGGGGGGGACGCUGGCACCCGUUAUCGUCUCAACUGAUAAAACUCAACUCACUCAAUUUACGGGAGGAAAGUCUGCCUAUCCUCAUGCUUGUGUGCUUAUUGCAUACCUCUCUGUCGACAAGCUUGACCGCACAAGACUUUCAGAACAAGACCAUCGCUCAAAGGUCCAGCGCAUCUUCCACGAAUCCAUGCCAAUCGUUCUUGAACCUCUUAUCAAUGCUGGUCAGACAGGCGUCCUCAUGGAUAGCUCAAAUGGGGACACUCGAAGGGUCUUCCCCAUUCUUUCCUGUUACGUGGCGGAUUACCCUGAGCAGUGCCUUGUCACCUGCUCGAAAUACGGCACCUGCUGCAAGUGCAAGGCAAAAGCGAUGGAGCUCCAGGACCCAGAACCAGCAGAAGCACGUACCCCAGCAUGGACAAAGUCUGUUAUGGAAGAAGCCAAGUCCCAAGCUGGAGGGAAUCCACAAGCCUUUCACACACAUUGCAUGGCCUUGGACAUUGCUGGAGGGGUUUUCCGACCCUUCUGGGAUGGUUUCCCCCUUUGCAAUAUCAAUCGCGCCAUUACUCCUGAUGUUCUACACCAGCUCUACCAGGGUGUCUUCAAGCAUCUUGUCUCUUGGUGCCAACUUAUCCUUCCUAAGGGCGAGCUCGACAGACGCAUUCGCUGCCUUCCUCCCUCAUUUGGGGUCCGCCAUUUCAAAAAUGGAAUAUCUGCUUUAUCUCAGAUCUCUGGCUCAGAACGCAAGAAUAUGGCGAAGAUUCUACUAGCUUGUCUUGUUGGUAGUAUCCCUUCAGCUGUGACCAAGGCCAUCACAGCUCUUCUUGACUUCAUAUACAUUGCUCAGUACCCGACACACAACAACUCCACUUUAGAAUACCUGCAAAACGCCAUCGAAGAAUUUCAUGAACAUCGCGACUAUUUCAUUCAACUAGGCCUUCGAAAAGAUUUCAACAUUCCUAAGUUCCACUCUCUUCUUCACUACAUAGACACUAUCAAGGAUUUCGGAACAACAGACAACUACAACACUGAAAUGUUUGAAAGGCUCCACAUCGAUUUUGCAAAGCAUGGCUGGCAGGCGACCAAUCUUUGCGAUGAAUUUCCCCAGAUGAUUCGCUGGCUCGCGUGUCAGGAGAAAGUUGCUGGUUUUGAAUCUCUGCUUAAAUCUGCUGGAACUCCUAUUGCACCUGUCAAACCACACAACCAACGUCCAAAAACAAUCGCAAAAUAUCCAAACUUUCCUGGUCGUUCUUUGUCAGACGUUCAACAGAAACAUCAUGCACCCUCCUUUGACCACCACCUCAGGAUUUAUCUGAACGCAAAAUCCCCUGACAGACUUUCUGCUAGAAACCUAACAGACACUGCACUUCCAUUUAGUAAGGUUAACGUCUACAAUAUGUUUCAUUUUGCUCCUUCUAGUCUUCAUGAUGAUGAUGACAAGAAAGAUGUGAUCAAGGCUAUUGGCUCCUCUUCUAACAUGCCAAAUGGACAGUUUGACACUGUGGUUGUUAUUGUCAGCAAGACGGCACAUGCCACUGGUAUCAAAGGCACAAGAGUUGGACGACUGCGGGUCAUAUUUACUCUUCCCCAGAAGUUUGACACAAGACUAGGCCCAAAAGAGCUGCCUUCCUACUGGCCUACAGAACCUCUUGCCUAUGUGGAAUGGUACAGCCCACAGGCUGCCAAUGCCUCUGCUGCCAACGGCAUGAUGUAUCGCAUUAAGAAGCUUGAACCUGACACUGCAGGCCACAUUCCAGGUGCUGUUGUUCCUCUUAGUCAUAUCCGUCAGAGCUUAUAUAACAGCAAGAGUCUCAAGAUCGCCCCUCUGUGCCCUCACACCGAUCAACUCGCAAUGACAGUGCCUGCUUCUCCCUCCAACAACAUUCAUGAUCACUACUCCCCGCAUUUGGAACGUACUCUCCAUGCCAUCAAUUGGACUGCCCUUGCUGCCCUUGCGGUCAAUAUUUAUCAAGCCAGCACCUUCACUUGGGGGAAACAGCUUCAUGGUGCUUCCAAUCUCGAGCAGGGAACUGACGAGAAGGAGAUGGAGCUCUCUAGGCUCGCCAUGGAAAGUGAGGGGGCCACCAUGGAAUAUGUUUCCUCGCAUAGUCGUAUCCCUCUUCCCCACGUCAUCGCCCACAAUUCGUCGUCAGAUGGUGGAGGCGUCGGCUCCCCAUAUAUGAUCAUGUCAAAAGUGGACAGAACCCCCUUAUGUUCAGUUUGGAAUGAAAUGCAGGACGAACAAUGCGAGGUCGUGCUGCGACAGGUUGUCGAUAUCAUCCUCCAGCUUUUGUCUUUGAGAUUCGAUAGAAUUGGUGCCAUCUUCAAAGGGGAAGGAGGGACGGACCACUUGCCUUGGACAAUCCUUCCCUUGACAAAGAUAGAUGGUGAUGAAGUAUGGACAAUCUGGCCUGAAGGGGUUGAUAAAACUUUCACUAGCGCCUUUGACUAUUGGAUCGCCUAUGCCACCUGCAACAUCAAACGGAUUGACAGAAAGAACUUUGGGGGUAGGAAAGACUAUGAGUAUGUUCAUGCAUGGCUACAUCAUUCCCUUAUCCCUUCAUUAUACAACACCUCUCUCGACACCAAAGGCUUUCCUAUAAACCACUGCAAUUUUCAUUCACAGAACAUUCUUGUAGUUGACAUCAACACACCUUCCCCUCGCAUUACUGCCGUUCUUGAUUGGGACAGCAGUUCAACUGCACCGACAUCUUCUUUUGCCAAGUACCCUCUCUUCAUCAUCGACCAUCCAUUCUGGGAGGACGAUCAUCUCCUGAAGCCACGAAAUAAGCAGGAUCAAGCCAUGUUCAACCGCCUGAUGCGUGAGGCUGAAGGCAAGCUUGAUCCAGAUGGUGGACUGCCCCUCACCUGGGCCUUUGAAGUGUCUCAUGGGGUGUAUCUCUUUGAACAGCUUGUGUCAUUUCCAUACUGGAUGGGCGCUCAACUUUUUUAUCCAUUCUUUGAGUAUUUCUUUGGGGAGAAGGAGACCGACAAAGAGCCUUUUUCAUGGAUGUACUACUCUACCAUGACUAAUGGACCAUUGAAAGACAAGGCUGAUCAGUUCAAGAACGAGACAAUUGUACACCAGGAGGCCGUUGAGACGCUGGGAGAAGAUUCGGUCGGAAAGAUGACAAGAUCCCAGUUCAAAGCACUGGCUCUGCAAAACCUCAAUAAAUUUCCAUCUGGAGGUGAAGUUAAGAAGUGGUUGGACUCCAAGUACAUGACCAAAUAG